AAGAACAGCGUUUGAGGGCCACCUCACCUACUCCUUCCUCUCCCGUGCGCUCGUCCGUCUUCAGCCCUUGAGGCCUUGAGGGCCACCGGCCACCUCACCAACUCCCCUACAAGCCGCCGGUCAGGCGCCGACCGACCGAAACAUCUGUCUUCCAAAGUCCUUAACUACCUGCCACCAAUCCGGGGAGGAAGCAACCCAGCGGGAAGCGGACAUGGCGGCGGCGAAGAUAGCGCCGUCGAUGCUCUCGUCGGACUUCGCCAACCUCGCCUCGGAGGCUGAGCGCAUGGUCCGCCUAGGCGCCGACUGGUUACAUAUGGACAUCAUGGAUGGGCACUUUGUUCCUAAUCUGACUAUUGGGGCUCCGGUGAUCCAGAGCUUGAGGAAACAUACCAAAGCAUAUUUGGACUGCCAUCUUAUGGUCACAAACCCUUCAGAUUACGUAGAACCAUUUGGAAAGGCUGGCGCUUCUGGAUUCACAUUCCAUAUAGAAGUUGCUAGAGACAACUGGCAAGAUCUCAUCCAAAGCAUUAAAUCAAAGGGUAUGCGGCCUGGUGUAUCAUUGAGGCCAGGUACACCAGUGGAGGAAGUUUUUCCACUGGUGGAAGCAGAAAAUCCGGUAGAAUUGGUUCUUGUGAUGACAGUCGAGCCUGGUUUUGGUGGUCAGAAAUUUAUGCCAGAAAUGAUGGAUAAGGUGCGCACAUUGAGAAAGAAGUACCCUUCCCUUGACAUAGAGGUUGAUGGUGGUCUAGGCCCUUCAACCAUAGACGUGGCCGCAUCUGCUGGGGCCAAUUGCAUCGUCGCUGGAAGCUCUAUAUUUGGCGCCGCGGACCCAGGAGCCGUCAUAUCUGUGCUGAGGAAGAGCGUUGAGGGCUCUCAGAACAAAAACUGAUUUUGGUGUUUCUGCUGUAUACUAGUUCCACCCUGCACGUCAUAUGAGUUGAUCCUCACAUUGCCGAAACUGUUCAGCGAGAAUAAAAUUUGAUGUUGGCCUUGAUGCCACUAUCAUGUAACCCACACAUUUCUUUUCCGAAGGACACGGUAAAGCUGAACGUCUUUUACAACACGUUUUUUUUGUCA